GCGUCUACUUUGGCAAAGGGAGGGGCUGUAUUCUGAAUCUUCGUCGGCCGCCCGCAUACGCUACACCUUACAGUACACCCACUCCAGUUCCCAGGAUAUGGACAGUGUGUGAAACUACAGAACACUUAUUUGCAAGGGAUCACUUCCUGUGCAGCUGGGACAAAUUCAACCUACAUCAUUUGUCUAAACAUACUCGAUGCAGUGAAGUCAUCAGAAGUAUGGAUGAAGUAUUUGGCAACAGCAGCAGUGACACUGUGAUGGAGGCUGAGCUAUCCCAAGUGCUGGAGACCAUCCGUCAUGACAUAGCAUCUCUCCAUCACCACCACCAGCCCCAGUCGUCUACCAGUAACACAACUGUUGCCCACACCAUCAGUCAUACACAAGCGACAACGAUGCCUUCACACAUUAGAGCUGAACCAUUGACCUGUUCAGAGCAACGGGCAGUAGUUCCUAGAAGUUGCAGGGGCACAAACUUGCCUGGUGUUGGUGGGAUUCGUCCAGUACCAUACCCAAGGGUCAUCUCAGUAGCCACUCCAUCCCUUAGACACACUCAAUCAGCUGUAGAAUCUAGAGUGCCCCAAUCCUCAAAUUCCCCAAGGCCAAGAGCCUUCAGCACCAGUGCCUCUCCACAGUCACACUCCUAUGUUAAUAUCCAAGCCUGCCGCCCUGUCUCCACUUAUGACAAUGUUCCGGAACUAGCUGUGCCAGUGACCAAACCAUCCACACCCCUCCUGACACUGCAUACAUCAUUGCCAAAGUACAUGAAUGUGCCUUUAUCUCCACGUCACAGCAGUAGUGCCCCAACUACACCUCAAAGAGGAACUAGUAAGCAGUUCCUACAUCACAGUUAUAUUGAACUGUGGUCUGGGAUUCAGGAGGAACGAGAUUCCCUCAGUGACAGUGAGUGUGAAGAUUUGAAGCGAUCCUUCCAAAGCUCUCAGACACCCAACAGUCAUCCCUCCCCAGGUUAUGUGCAGAUGACCUCACCAUUUAUCAAGAGUCCUCAGGUGACUAGUCCCUUCAAUGGGUCAGUACUGGCAGACUUUGCAACAAAGCUGGCUUCUUAUGCUGGACAACAACCCAGAAAUAUCUUCUGUCCUUUUUGCCCAAGAUACUUUGGUUAUGAAAAAAGUCUGAGCAGUCACAUACACAAGUCACACAGGGUGGAGAUGAACUCUAUGGUAGAGAAUUUGUGUAAUGACAUGGUACUGCAGAUCUGUCCCAUUUGUCAAGCUCAAUUUUACAACAGCUCUGUUCUACCUAAGCACCUUAUAGACUUCCAUCGGUCUUCAGUCAUUGACAUCCUUGAAAAACAUUCAUGCAUAAAAUCAGAUGCUAUGGGAAUUCACUGUCCUUUUUGUACCAAGAUGGUUCCACAUGAUACAACAGGUGAGCAGGUGUUGCUCUAUCAUAUGCAGCAACUGCACAUGUCUGACUAUAAUGCCAUGAUUGAAAAGAAAUUCAAACCUUAUUCAGCAACCAGCUUAGAAUCCCUAAUAAGUCCGUCUUCAGAAGAAGUUGCUGACACUGGGAAAUUUCAACCUGGGCUGACCUCCACUCCUGGUCUUAGUAACAGGUUGGGAACAAUGGCAUUAGCAGUGCAAGCUCUUAACUUGGAUACUACUUGGUCCUCACAUACUGGGACCUUAAGGUCACCACUACCACCGCCACCUCCAAAACCAGCGGUCACUGAAGAAGACCCAAAAUCCCAAACAAAACUAGAUCAAGAGAAAAGUCAACAGCUGGCUUCUUCAACAAGCAAAGGAAUCCUGCGCCAUCAGAGUGCAUUGGGCAGAAAGCCAAGUGUAAAACGGGAGCUAAGAUUUAGUGUUCCUCCAGUCACCAGUGAAGAGGUGUUUGUGCCAGAAUCCCCAGACCCACCUACGACAGAGUCUUCUGCUUCUGGAUCCAAGCAUCAACAACACCAGAGCUGUGAUGAUGAUUUCAAAAAGGUCAUUCCAGUCAGAGUAGAUAGUCUGUCUGCUAUUGAUUUUGUGGACCUGACAACAAAGAAUAGUGCACCGAAGAGGCGAAGAUUGGGUCUUGGUCUACGUUCCAGGAAGGCUUUUAAGAAGAAAGAUAAAGAAAAUGUAGGGGAACGAGAACUGAACAGCCUAGCUUCUGAAGCCUCAAAACUAGCGAGUUGUGGUAAAAAGCAAGACACAGUUACCUCAACAGUCAGAGCUCAAGGCACAAGAACUUUCCGUCGACCUAAGCCUGUAUCAGUGCCUCGUGUACCUGAACUACCCCCAGCCACCAAGAGGAGUGAUGGUGUGACAGCAUUAGGAUCAACAAGUAAAGCCAUUAAGAAAGAAGAAACUGAUUCCCCCUUCAUCAACCUCAAGUUGUAUUCCCCUCUCAGAAUGUUUCGUUGUAAUGGUUGUCACGUCAAAUUCUGUGACAAUGAAUCUCUGAGUGGUCAUAUUGGGAUGCGCCACAAGGGGCUGUUGCACCUACUAAGGCCUCAGUAUGGCUGUGGUGUAUGCUCUGCCAAAUUCUUUGAAAACAAGUACUUAGUGAAGCAUUGUUUGCAACAUCACACCUCUCUUUUGGAAAUCCGCAGCCCAUGUAAACACAAAGUUUCAGUAUAUAGGUUUCCACAGGACUGAUAAAAAUGUUAUUAUAAAAAUUAUAAAGAUCAAAUACAAGAAAAGUGUGUUUAUUGUGUAAGUAUAUUUUGCCAGCUGUAACUGACAUCAAUUUAGCUUUUGAAUUCAAUUACAGCCACUGUAUAGCAAAAAAUGUAUGUACCACACACACACACACACACACACACACACACACACACACACACACACACACACACACACACACACACACACACACACACA